ACUACUACUCUUUCUUCUUCAGCUAAACACUGUUUCUUUCUUCCUUUUCUUUCUUUACUCUUCCGCCGGAAAAGUUUCCGACUUUAAGAACUGCCACAAAGCUUCCUCUUUAGCUGGGUCGAUCUCAAAUUCUUCUUGGCAUGUCACCGUAGAAGCAAAAGAACCGAAGAAUCUCGAGAUAAUGCCGGUUUCGACACGGUCUCAGAUGACGCCGAACCCGGUUCGAGACGAACCGGACUCGCGGCUGAGGAACCCGCACCAUGGCCUGAAGGAGAAGCUUAGGGCACUGACAAUGCUCUACGAGCAGCAGAAGCAAGCUUCUCAAGCUCUCAAGAACCCUUCCCUGAAGUUCCAAAAUGAACAGAGCAACGAAAACAACAGACAAGAACAGAGUAAAACAGAGAGCAGAAUCAUGAGAGAGAACAAAAUGUACAGCCUUCUUCCAAAUUCGACCGUUACAAGAACCUUCGUGUUGCCACAACCACUACCACCACCACCACCACCAUCACGCGCCGCCACCGCCACUGCCGCUGACGAAGACACAAAGGAGAACCUUCCAGUUCUUGGGACCGACCGAAUCGUUGGGUUUUCGUGCCAGAGAAAAUCCACAACGACGAAAAAUACAACAAUGGUUUCGGAUUCUGGUUCCAACACGGUGGCUAGGAAGCUGUCGAUGGGGGCAGCGGCGGCGCCGGUGGCGACGUCGGCGGAGGAGAGUUCGGAGAAACAGGGGAAGGUGGAUGGGAAUGGGAGCAGGAUCCUUGUGUUUGUGAGGCUUAGGCCUAUGAACAAGAAGGAGAAAGAAGCGGGUUCACGGUGCUCCGUUAGGGUCGUUAAUCGCCGUGACGUUUAUCUAACGGAAUUUGCAAACGAGAACGAUUAUCUGAGGCUGAAUAGGGUUCGUGGAAGGCACUUCACUUUUGAUGCUGCGUUUCCUGAAUCGGCUACUCAGCAAGAAGUUUAUUCAACUACGACCUCAGAACUAGUGGAAGCAGUUCUGCAAGGGAGGAAUGGUUCAGUGUUCUGUUAUGGUGCCACGGGAGCUGGAAAGACUUACACCAUGCUCGGCACGGUAGAGAAUCCUGGAGUGAUGGUAUUGGCAAUCAAAGAUGUUUUUAGCAAAAUCAGGCAGAGAAGUUGUGAUGGGAACCAUGUUGUUCAUCUGUCGUAUCUUGAGGUCUACAAUGAAACAGUUAGGGAUUUACUUUCCCCUGGAAGGCCUCUGGUUCUUAGAGAAGAUAAACAGGGGAUUGUGGCAGCAGGUCUUACACAAUAUAGAGCUUAUUCCACAGAUGAAGUUAUGGCAUUGCUGCAACAAGGAAAUCAGAACAGAACCACUGAACCAACUCGUGCGAAUGAAACAUCUUCGCGUUCCCAUGCAAUUUUGCAGGUUGUGAUUGAAUACCGAGUUAGGGAUGCAGCGAUGAAUAUAGUUAAUCGUGUGGGAAAGCUCUCAUUGAUUGAUCUUGCAGGGUCAGAGAGAGCUCUUGCCACAGAUCAAAGAACACUUAGAUCUCUUGAGGGCGCUAACAUAAACCGGUCUCUCCUUGCACUAAGCAGCUGCAUAAAUGCUCUUGUGGAAGGCAAAAAACACAUACCAUAUAGGAAUUCCAAACUCACUCAACUCCUCAAGGACUCAUUAGGAGGAACAUGUAACACUAUCAUGAUUGCGAAUAUAAGCCCAAGUAACCUCUCAUUUGGCGAAACACAGAAUACUGUUCACUGGGCCGAUAGAGCCAAGGAGAUUCGGACAAAGGUAAGAGAUGCUAAUGAGGAUCAAUUGCCAGUGCCGGAGACAGAAACUGACCAGGCCAAGUUGGUAAUCGAGCUGCAAAAGGAGAAUCGUGAAUUGAGAAUGCAGCUAGCAAAGCAGCAACAGAAAUUGUUGACUGUUCAAGCACAGUCCUUGGCUGCGCAAUCCUCUCCAACACCGCCUUCAGCUUCAGCUCUUUCUACUCCUCCAACAUCCACACAGCCUAACGAAAAACGAAGGACUAGAUCUUCUUUCCUCUCGGGAACUUGUUUCACUCCAGAAUCCAACAAGAAGAAAGGAGCUGAGCUAGCUGUGAGAACACUCAACCGAACCGUGAAAGCACUGGAGGCAGAGAUCGAGAGAAUGAAGAAAGAUCAUAGUUUGCAGCUAAAGCAAAAAGAUGAUCUUAUUCGCGAGCUUUCACAAAAGGGUGGAAUUCAAACCACUGCAGCAACAACAGCAGAAGAAGUAAGGAAGAGAGUGUUGACCAGGGCUAGCCUAAGGCUAAAGGAGUCAAGCAAUGGCGAGUUGAAGAGUCCAAGCCAUCGCUUUCGAUCACCAGUCCAAGUUGCCAAGAAGAGAAGCUUUUGGGACAUAACCACAUCUAACAGCCCAUCUAUUGCAACAUUUAAUGGCAGAAAAACCAGAAGUCAUGUCAUUCCUGAACCUACUACUGCACCCCCUCCAUCAAUGCUUCUUCAGCCUGGUUUUGCUCGGCAAAAAGCGAAUAUUUAAAGUGAUUUACAAGCAAAAAGCGAAUAUUUAAAGUGAUUUACACAAAAAGGAGUGGAAGAUGAAGUUGCUUAGAACACAAGGAAGCUCAGUUUGAGAGAUCAUAGAUCAUUGCAAACAUGAUGUGCACCUCAAAUGAAUAAGGAAACAGUUCAAUCAACUGCAAGACCCCAAGUGUGCUGCUUCUCACUCAUCAUCACCCCCCCCAAACUGAACCAUGUUCAUUAUUUCAGGCUAUUGAAGUUUCUUGAGGAAACUAUAAAAUCUUUUAUUAUGUAUGUACAUUCACUGUUUCCUCAACCUCAAUACACCAUACUUUUAUAGACUUUAACAAGAGAAAAAAAUCAGAUGUAAUGUGAAUUUGUGUUAGGUUUGAUAAUGACAUGUACUUGUAGAUUAGGGUCAAUUUUAAGUAGUCAAAUCUUUUCAUUAUUUGAUUUCAGU